AUUUGCAAGAAGCGCUACCGAUCCUUGCGUGCCGAGUGUGGCACCGGGACGGUCAGCCAAGGUGCCAGAUCGUUCCUGGGGAGGGAAGAAAGGAGCAUGAGGUGGCAAGCAUGGAUUUUUUCACUCUCAGUGAUCCUGUGAGCCAAGGCAAGGGCAGGAGCUUUGCACUCGUCGGGAACUGAAUCUGGACCACCACUUUCCCUCAUAGGCUGUAACAGAAGGUCUACUGGUAGAAUUUGCAGAAAGGGAGAAAAUGUCUGAUGUAACAUCUAGCGAAAGCCUAACCAAGGAGUUUCCUGAUUACUGUCAUGAAGCCUGUGAAACACAAAGCAAAACAGCAAAUGUCCUUUUGCGGAAGCUUUGGCCACAUAGAACAAAGAUGGCAUGCUUACUUCUUUCCGUAUCGUUUCUUGGGAAUAUUAUCCUCACUGCCUUUGUUAUUGUGUUGCUUCCCAAAGGUUCUGAGCAACCCUUCUCUGGUCCAGCAUGUCCAAAUAAGUGGAUUGGCCAUCAGGGAAAAUGCUACUACUUUUCAAAAGAAAAAAGGAAUUGGACUUCCAGCCAGGACUUCUGUCUGUCACAUAAUGCCUCCCUGAUGACUUUCAGUGCUAGUGAGGAAAAGGAUUUUGUGAUACGUUUCAAAGGCAAAGAUAUUUUUUGGAUUGGCCUCAGAAGAGACUCCAGUCAGACCUGGAAAUGGACAAAUGGAGUAGAUUCAAGUUUGGAGGUGAUUGGAAAUGGGGGAGAUUGUGCUUUUCUGAACGAUGAAAACAUUGCAACAUCUUCAUGGUGCCAAAUGAAACUAUUCUGGAUCUGCAGCAAAACAGAUAUUUUACAGUGCUCAGGCAUCAGCGUCCCUUUCCAUGUUCAUCCUCCACACCGAAAUAAAUAGAUUUGCUUCACAAAU